CCUCAAACACCCACAACCACCACUCCGCACCGCCGCCACAACCGGCCGCGAACAGGCACAUCGGCACCGUCGGCCUGUUAUUUUUCACUGGAGGGCAACAAGCUUCCGACAGCUCUUCGGCGGCUUGCCAGACGCGCAUUUGCUACCCCUGCCCUCCGUUGUCCACGCGACACCCUCAGCCUUCAACACAACUACCCCGACGCCUCAAUGAUGGUCGAAAAGCGCCCACACCCCGGCGACCACGGGGAUGCUGGGCGCGACAAGCGCUCGAGGCCCUCAGAACCGCCCACAAGGCCCGCAGCCCAGCGCCCAAGGCAUACAGACGCCAUAGAAACCGCCAGGGCGAAGGCGGCAGCAAUCGCUGCAAAAAUGGCCACGAAGAGAGUCGAGGGCAGCAACGAGGCUACGCCCACUCCCCCUCCGCAAGCACCUGGACUCGCCGCGCCGGCUGCUUCUUCUACCCUCGACGCUAUGAAGGCAAGGAUCGCUGCGCUCAGCGCCGGCAAAGACAUUGGCAAGCCAAGGGUCGAGACAGAUGCUUCGCGCACCCCCCCGACGCUGGGAAAUAGGCGCCUCGAGCCGACCAAGGUUGAGACCAAAUCAAAGACACCAGCACCGGCUCCCAAGGCCGAUGACGAGCGAGACAACCCCUAUUUCGACCCCAAGUCUGCCGGAGUCGCGCGGGGCAGAGUGUCGCGCGGCCUGCUGUUCAAUCAGCGAGGCAAGUAUCUCGAACAGGGAUCCAAGUUGCGAAAUCAGAACCGGCUGGAGCAGAUCAAGAAGAUGCUAGCUCAGCAAGCUCGUCGGGCUGGGCUCGAUGAGAACAGCGAGCGCGGUUUUCUGGUGCAGCCACCACCAGACAUUGAAUGGUGGGAUGAAGGCAUUCUGGAGGAGAAGACCUACGAUUGUCUGGAUGACCCGGCCAAGAUUAAAAUCGACGGCGAUGACUCCAUCAUCACCAUCUACGUUCAACAUCCGCCUUUCCUGAAAGCCCCGCAAGACCAGCGCCUGAUUGAGACGAAGCCCAUGUACCUCACGCCCAAGGAGCAGGCCAAGCUGCGGAGGAUGCGUCGUGCUGAGGAGCUGAAAGAGCAUCAAGCCAAGAUUCGUCUGGGACUGGAACCGCCCCCACCGCCGAAGGUCAAGCGCGGAAAUAUGAUGCGUGUCAUGGGUGAGCAAGCAAUUGCGGACCCCACCGCUGUCGAGAUGUUAGUCGAGUCCCAGAUCGCGGAACGACAUGAUAAACACGUACAAACCAACGACGAGCGGAAGCUGACGAAGGAGCAACGUAUUGCGAAACUCACCGACAACCAGGUGAAAGACGCUGCGAAGGGUCUCUACAUGUGCGUCUUUAAAGUUGACACCCUAGCUUUCGGCAAGCACCGUUACCAGAUUGAUCAAAAUGCCAAGCAGCUCGCACUCACUGGCAUCACACUGUUUAAUCCGAACAUGAAUCUUGUCAUAAUCGAAGGCGGAAUUCAUGCUAUCCACAAGUACAAGAAGCUCAUGCUCCAACGCAUAAAGUGGGACGAGAACGCCCGGCCUACCGAGAUCCAGCAAGAGAAGCAAGCGACCGAUCCCCAGUGGAUGAAGUCUGUGGAUGCGCAGGGCAACUUGAAGGACCUGUCUUACAACAAGUGCACAUUAGUCUUCGAAGGCGAGGUCAAGCAGCGAGCAUUCCGCAAGUGGGGUUCCAAGAUGUGCGAGACGGACGGCGAAGCCAAGGAGUUACUCUCGAGAAGCAAGCUCGACAGCCUGUGGGCGCUUGCAAAGAGCUCAGAUUAAACGUCGACGGCGCAACAGGUGACCGGCUGGGCGACUGCGGUUGCCUAAGCAGCUAUGUGGAGGCGAAUUCUGAUGACAACCUCCAACGGUUUUCCAGAGCAUUGAGCGGAGUAAGGCGGAGCCAUGGCGUUAGGCGGCUUCUUCGGGCUCUGGUCCCUUUUGAUUCAGUAAUUUUCUGCUCUUUGUGCCGACAAAG